AUGCUGUGUUCCCUGAGGCACUUGGAUGAGCCGUUCUUCGAGCGCAUCACUCCUCGUCUACUUCAACAGCUCCUGCCGCAUCUGCAAGGCCUCUCCGACGGCACGUUACUUCGAGUUCUCGACGCCUUGGCCAAAGCACCGCCAAAGGAGAGUCCUGAGAGCUCGUCGGUGAAUAGCCCACUGGAGCAAGCACCUGCGGCGUUCAAUGCUGCGAUCGCAGAGGUGGUCUCCUCUGGAAAGUGGGAUUUGCGGAAGGUGAUCUCUGCGUUCUCUUGUGUUGGCCGCCUUGGAUGGUAUGACGAGCACACGGUGGCUGAAGUAUGA